AUGCUGCCACAAAACCCUUCCCUGUCUAAAACCCUAAACCCCUGUUUCUCAACCUUCACACCUUAUCCAUAUCCCCUAACGAAAUUCUCAAACCCUCUUUACAGAGCCAUAAUUCCACUUCACUCAUGCCCCAAACUCCCAAAAACCUUAUCAAUCAGUUCAUUUUUCCAACCAAACAAUGCGUCUUGCAGACCAGAUGUUCGAUCAUAUGCCGGGCGUAGCAAGAAAAUAGCAGGGGGCGCUCCCGGCGGCGGCCGCAUCGAAGGAACCGCCGAGCUACGUAGAGAAGCAAAACGAAAUGCUCGACGGAAGAGCAAGAAGCUCGCUGAAAGCCUGUUCUAUAGGCUGAAGAAUCCCCACGGCAAUUACCCUAAUAACUUUUCUGAAGAUGAGCUGCAAAUGAUUGGGUUAGGAUACGAUCGAAUGGUUCAGUUUAUGGAGAAAGACGAUCCGAAUCUUAAGCACCCAUAUGAUUGGUACAAGUAUGGUGAAUUCGGACCAUAUUCAUGGCGUGGGGUGGUUUUAGGAGAACCAAUCCGUGGUCGAUUUUCAGAUGAAAACGUGACUUUGAUUGGCGAAGUUAGAGAUCAAGAAGAGUGGGAAAAGAUCGAACAGUUUGAAAUGAGUCAAGAUUUUGGUCAGAGAUUGGAGUCGCUAGAUAAAACCGUUGGAUUCAGAUACUUUUGGGUGUUUGUCAGGCAUCCAAAAUGGAGAGUUUCAGAGCUGCCAUGGGAGCAAUGGACUCUUGUUAGUGAAGUUGUAGUUGAAGCUGGAAAACAGAGGUUAGAUAAAUGGAAUUUAAUGGGUAGACUCGGGAACAGAACCAGAGCUUUGAUAACAAAAUGUGCAGCAUGGAUGAGACCCGAUAUCAUAUACGUAAAAAGACCCGUUUACCAAUGUCGAUUUGAACCUCAAGAUGAGUUUUUUAAAUCAAUGGCACCUCUUCUUGACCCUGAAACCGAGCAAGAUUUUAUGUGUCAGUUGGAAAGUGACGAUGGUGGGGUGGAAAUGUGUACUUAUUUUGGUGGGUUAUGUAAGAUUUUGAGAGUGAAUCCAAAAGCUUUUGUGGAUGAUGUGGUGAAAGCUUUUGAGAAAGCUAGCGAUGAAAAGAAGUCAAAAUGUUUGGAGUUUUUACUCGGGAAUCAUCCAAUUGAGUUACUUCAUCCGUAUACAAAGGAAUGGAAAGCUAAAUUAGAGGAAAUGGAAUUGGGUUGUGAUGCCCCCGAUGAGAAUGAUGAUGGUGGCGCAAAAGGGGAAGUUUUGGAUUGGAUCGAAGAUGAUGAUGAUGAAGAAGAUGAUGUAGUGCUUGAUGCGGAGCUCAAUGAUGAUGAUGUUGAAGAUGAUCAUGAUGAUGAUGAUGGUGUGGAAGAAGAAGAAGAUGAGAAGUAUUGGGAAGAAGAGUUCAAGAAAGCGGUGAAUAGCAAUGAAGAGAUGGAGGUAAUGGCGAGGCGAAGUGUGAAAAUGACAACGAAAUUGUAUGAGAAGCAAUCGAAGGUGAUGGAAGAGAGGAAAAAGGAGGAGACAAAAGGAGAUGAGAGUGAAGAGGGAGAAUUGGGAAUGAGGGGUGGUAGGGCUAAGAUAAGCCCGGAAGAGUGGAAGCAAUUAGGGUAUGGCCCACGGAUGAAGAAGAUUAAGAAGAGUAGGAUUCCACCGGGUCAAUUCUUGAGAGCUGCUGUAAGACCUUUUCUUUACAAGAAUCUUGUUAAAGAGAUUGUGUUGACGAGGCAUGCUAUUGUAGAAGGUGAGAUUGGUGGUGGGAAGAAGAAAAUGUAA